AUGGGCACCAAGAUACAAGGGGUGGGCGUGUCACUCGGACCCGUGGCGUUCUACUUCAGACAGAGGCACGGAAAGCUCGACUGGAAGAAGCUAGCCCGAAUCGACGUCGACGAAGUCGUGCGAGAAGUGGACAUCGCGGUGCUCCAGGACCUGCUGGACGAGGUUGCAUUCUGUGAGGUGUCUGCGGAAGACAUACCGCCGACCGGAGUCGACGAUCUCUCUGUCAAGCUCAUACGCCUGUCGCAGCUCACGAUAGAGUACCUGCUCCACGUGCAGGAGUGCCAGGAAGGCUACAUUCAAGGCCUGGUUCGGCAGCUGGAGACGGCCAACAACAACAACCAGCGUCUCAAGGCCUAUGCCGAGUUGUCGGCCAAGGACGGUAGAAGGAUGAAGAGAGAGUCCGUGCAGCACAAGCACGUCCUCAAUACUUGCCAGAGUGUUCUCCGACAGUACGGCAUCGACCCAAGAGCAAUCUGGGAAUCUCUCCCGGCCGAGGUAGCUGGAGCAGGAGGGUGUUCAGGGCCGGGUGCGCAACCGAAAGACCCGCGAUCUUGUCUACCAGCGGCCGGCAUGCCGUCUUGCGGAAGCCACAAGCCCUCCGCUCCACCCCCUCCUGUGGAGGAUUCGGGGGUGGCGCAGGGGGGUCAUAACUGCGGGGCCGCAGUCAGUGGUGGGGGGGCGUCGACGUCAGGAACCCCGGUGGCAAGGGUUUGCGGGGCCUGCGGAAAGGCGUUUUCGUCCGAGCAGUUCCUGAGAAAGCACAUGGAUCGCCGGCACCCGGAUCUAGUGCGGCAGGACACUGCACCCCUCGCGGAGAAAGAGGAAGUAAAAAACGACUCUCCCGCUUCGACACCGCUGCCGCCGCCUGGGGAAGAGGCUCGGGCGACCGAGGAACAACCCUCGCCGCCACAGCAGCAAGAAGAAGCGGCGGGAGGAAAGGGAACCGGAAGCGAAGAUAAGGGGGGUGGUGAAAACGUCAUCGGCUCCGAGGUAGUGGAAGGAGCGAGGCGACUCGGGGAGCUCGUCCGCGAGAGGGAGCACGCCCGGUUCAAGCUGGAGGUGGUGGCUCUUCGGAGGGAGGUGCAGGACCUCAAGGAGAGCAGAUCGCGCCGCCCAGGAGGCUGCCAGAGGAAAGGGGGCACGCGUGGAAGGAUCACAGCCGUCCCAUGGCAAGGGGGCGCACGCGUUGAGGCUUACCUCUGGGGUAGAGAUUGGGGCACAUUUUCCAGUCGACCGGCAGCAGCUACGGGGUAG